AUGGAAAGCAAACUUAAAGCAUUCAGUAUUGGCAAAAUGAGUACUGCCAAACGGACUCUGAGCAAGAAGGAGCAAGAAGAAUUAAAAAAGAAGGAGGAUGAGAAGGCUGCUGCAGAAAUUUAUGAAGAAUUCCUUGCUGCCUUUGAAGGAAGUGAUGGUAAUAAAGUGAAAACAUUUGUAAGAGGAGGAAUCGUUAAUGCAUCUAAAGAGGAGCAUGAAACAGAUGAAAAACGGGGUAAAAUCUAUAAGCCUUCAUCACGAUUUUCAGAUCAAAAAAAUCAGCCAAACCAGCCAUCUAAUGAGAAGCCUCCAUCUCUCUUAAUGAUAGAAACCAAAAAGCCUCCUUUGAAGAAAGGAGAGAAGGAAAAGAAAAAGAGUAAUUUGGAACUUUUUAAAGAAGAAUUAAAGCAAAUACAAGAGGAACGUGAUGAAAGACAUAAAACAAAAGGUAGAUUGAGUCGUUUUGAACCACCCCAGUCAGAUUCAGAUGGCCAGCGUCGUUCAAUGGAUGCUCCUUCAAGAAGAAACAGAUCAUCUGUACUGGAUGAUUAUGCACCAGGGUCACAUGAUGUUGGAGAUCCAAGCACAACAAAUUUGUAUCUUGGAAAUAUUAAUCCUCAGAUGAAUGAAGAGAUGUUGUGUCAAGAGUUUGGACGCUUUGGACCAUUAGCAAGUGUAAAAAUUAUGUGGCCAAGAACUGAUGAAGAAAGAGCAAGAGAAAGAAAUUGUGGCUUUGUUGCCUUUAUGAACAGGAGAGAUGCUGAAAGAGCAUUAAAGAAUUUGAAUGGCAAGAUGAUUAUGUCAUUUGAAAUGAAGUUAGGCUGGGGCAAAGCUGUACCUAUACCACCACAUCCAAUAUACAUCCCACCUUCUAUGAUGGAGCAUACCCUCCCACCUCCUCCAUCAGGACUGCCUUUUAAUGCCCAGCCUAGAGAAAGAUUGAAGAAUCCUAAUGCUCCAAUGUUACCACCGCCAAAAAACAAGGAAGAUUUUGAGAAGACUCUGUCGCAAGCCAUAGUCAAAGUGGUUAUCCCAACAGAAAGGAAUUUGCUCGCUUUGAUACAUCGAAUGAUAGAGUUUGUGGUACGGGAAGGGCCUAUGUUUGAAGCCAUGAUCAUGAACCGAGAAAUCAACAAUCCCAUGUUCAGGUUUUUAUUUGAAAACCAGACUCCAGCCCAUGUAUAUUACAGAUGGAAGCUUUAUUCAAUUCUUCAGGGAGAUGCUCCAACAAAGUGGAGGACAGAAGAUUUCCGUAUGUUCAAGAAUGGAUCAUUUUGGAGGCCACCACCAUUGAAUCCAUACUUGCAUGGGAUGUCUGAAGAGCAAGAAACAGAAGCGUUUGUAGAAGAACCAAACAAGAAGGGUGCACUUAAGGAAGAACAGAGGGACAAAUUAGAGGAAAUUCUGCGUGGAUUAACACCUCGGAAGAACGAUAUUGGGGAUGCAAUGGUAUUCUGUCUAAAUAAUGCAGAAGCUGCUGAAGAAAUUGUAGACUGCAUUACAGAGUCAUUGUCCAUUCUGAAGACUCCUCUUCCGAAGAAGAUUGCAAGAUUAUAUCUAGUGUCGGAUGUGUUAUACAACUCUUCAGCUAAAGUUGCCAAUGCUUCCUACUAUAGAAAAUUUUUUGAAACAAAAUUAUGUCAGAUAUUCUCUGAUCUCAAUGCUACUUACCGUACAAUACAAGGCCAUUUACAGUCUGAAAAUUUCAAGCAACGGGUGAUGACAUGCUUCCGAGCAUGGGAAGACUGGGCAAUCUAUCCAGAACCAUUUCUGAUCAAACUACAGAAUAUUUUCUUGGGGCUUGUAAAUAUCAUGGAAGAUAAAGAAACAGAGGAAGUACCAGAUGAUCUUGAUGGUGCUCCCAUUGAGGAAGAGCUUGAUGGUGCUCCACUAGAGGAUGUGGAUGGAAUUCCUAUUGAUGCUGCUCCUAUUGAUGAUCUGGAUGGAGUCCCAAUUAAAUCGCUGGAUGAUGAUCUUGAUGGAGUUCCUUUGGAUACAGCUGAAGACUCAAAAAAGAAUGAGCCUAUAUUUAAAGUUGCCCCUUCUAAGUGGGAAGCAGUGGAUGAAUCGGAACUGGAAGCUCAAGCUGUUACUACUUCUAAGUGGGAGCUUUUUGACCAACAUGAAGAAUCCGAGGAGGAAGAAAUUCAAAACCAAGAAGAAGAAAGUGAAGAUGAAGAAGACACACAGAGUUCGAAGUCAGAAGAGCAACACAUGUAUUCCAAUCCUAUUAAAGAAGAAAUGCCUGAAUCCAAGUCAUCAGUUAAAUAUUCAGAAAUGAGUGAAGAAAAGCGUGCCAAACUCCGAGAAAUAGAGCUUAAGGUGAUGAAGUUUCAGGAUGAGUUAGAGUCUGGGAAAAGACCCAAGAAACCAGGCCAGAGUUUUCAGGAACAGGUUGAACACUAUAGAGACAAGCUGCUCCAGAGGGAAAAAGAAAAAGAGUUGGAAAGAGAAAGGGACAGAGACAAAAAGGACAAGGAAAAAUGUGACACCAGGUCCAAAGAUAAGAAGGAAAAGGAGGAAUGUACACCAACAAGAAAAGAGAGGAAAAGACGGCACAGUGCUUCACCCAGCCCAUCUCGCAGCAGUGGCAGUAGACGAGCAAAAUCUCCGUCGCCAAAAUCCGAACGGUCAGAGCGCUCAGAACGGUCCCACAAAGAGAGUUCACGUUCUCGGUCAUCACAUAAGGAUUCUCCCAGAGAUGUCAGUAAAAAAGCCAAAAGGUCGCCUUCUGGCUCCAGGACACCCAAAAGAUCAAGAAGAUCACGAUCCAGAUCCCCUAAAAAAUCAGGGAAAAAAUCCAGGUCUCAAUCCCGUUCGCCUCACAGAUCUCACAAGAAGUCAAAGAAAAGCAAACACUGACAAUGUUACUAUUUUUUAUGAUGCUGUCACUUAUUGGAAAUGCGGUUUUGUUUUUGUGCCUGAACAGUCUGUUUAAAAAAAAAAAAACAAAAAAGCAUUCCUGAUUUUUUUUUUGUUUUUUUUGUGAAUGCACGUGUAUACUCAUGAGUAAUGGCAUCUGUAGACUUGUCAUUGUUUUAUAUUGUACAAAAUAUCUUCAUUGUGACUAUUUCCCAAAAGAAACAUUUUUGUGUUUAGAAGUUUCAUCAGAAAUGUGUGUAAGUGAUCUGCUGGCAGUAGUGAUAUUUCGUUUUAGAAUGUUGUGACAUAGCAGAAAUAACUCCAAUGUUCCCCCUUUUUGUAGCUUUGACAAUUUGAAUUAGAUUUCAAAUAAAAUCUGAACAGAAAAUUAAA